AUGGCGACUAUGAUGCAACCUCAAAUCAUACUGUUAAAGGAAGGGACGGAUACGUCCCAAGGGAAACCACAGUUGGUCAGCAAUAUUAAUGCUUGUAUGGCUGUGGCUGAUGUGGUUAGAACCACCCUUGGGCCUAGGGGUAUGGAUAAGUUAAUCCAUGAUGACAAGGGAACCACUAUCUCCAAUGAUGGUGCCACAAUAAUGAAGCUUCUCGACAUUAUCCAUCCUGCGGCUAAGAUUCUCGUUGAGAUUGCUAAAUCCCAGGACUCUGAGGUUGGUGAUGGAACCACUACCGUAGUAUUACUGGCUGCAGAGUUUCUGAAGGAGGCAAAACCUUUCAUUGAGGAUGGUGUCCAUCCUCAAAAUCUGAUUAGAAGUUACCGUACGGCUGGUCAGUUGGCAAUUGCUAAGGUGAAAGAAUUAGCUGUUAGCAUUGAAGGAAAGAGCUUAGAAGAAAAGAAAAGCUUACUAGCCAAGUGUGCUGCUACAACACUAUCUUCAAAGCUCAUUGGGGGUGAGAAAGAUUUCUUUGCGACGAUGGUUGUAGAUGCAGUACUUGCGAUUGGAAAUGACGACAGGCUUAAUAUGAUUGGUAUUAAAAAGGUUCCUGGUGGUACCAUGAGGGAUUCUUUCCUCGUAGAUGGUGUUGCUUUCAAGAAGACAUUCUCUUAUGCUGGUUUUGAACAACAACCAAAGAAAUUUCUUAAUCCUAAGAUACUUUUACUGAACAUUGAAUUGGAACUGAAGUCAGAGAAAGAGAAUGCGGAGAUAAGGCUCUCGGACCCAUCACAGUAUCAGUCCAUUGUCGAUGCAGAAUGGAACAUUAUCUAUGACAAGCUGGAUAAAUGUGUAAAGAGUGGGGCUAAAAUUAUUCUUUCUCGACUCGCCAUUGGUGAUCUAGCCACACAGUAUUUUGCGGAUAGGGAUAUAUUCUGUGCUGGUCGUGUCACUGAAGAGGAUCUGAAUCGGGUAGCUGCUGCUACUGGUGGAACUGUUCAGACAACUGUGAACAAUGUCAUUGAUGAGGUUCUUGGAUCCUGCGAGGUAUUUGAAGAAAAACAACCACUAUUGUUCUUCGUGGUGGAGCAGAUCAGAGAUGCUGGCAAACAUUUUCUUUCAGUUUUCUUACUUAGGAAAUUUAAAAGAC